GACAACAACGACGACAAAACACGACUGAGAAACAUGGAGAAAAUACAUAAGCUCUUUUGACGAAGGAGAUCCAAAAAUGGCACUGACUUGCCAGAAAAUGAAGCGACAGCACAUCGACGCAUAUCUGUCACUGACAAAUACGCGAAAUCUGUUGGUUUUCGACGAGGAAUACCAGAAUACGUGAGGAUUUUUUUAACAUCAUCGCCACAGUCAAAGGAGAGGGAAGAAGUGAAAAAUGGCUACGAUUGAUGGUCCCGGGAAGGGUUCUGAACGGACAGCGAUGGAGAGGUUCGGUAACGGAGGGAUGGCUCUUCUGCCGUGGACGAAACAGAUGCUCACCGUACUGUGGGAACAGCUUCGGUUGCUGGUUCAGGUCAUAUACUACACCUUCAUGUCAGUUUUCCAGAUGUUCAGGUUUGAGGUUCACGUGAGAAUCACAGACGAGACGGGUCAGCACAUCCAGCACAUGAGCACGGCUGCAAACCCAACCGAGUCCUUCCUGUUCUCCUCGCUGUUCGACGGAGACAACAGCGUGAUGGUCGGAGGUUCGAACCCCCUCUCCAACUUCUGCGCCGACGUUGACCCGUUCGCUGGGAAAUCCACCGCUGAAGCCUUGCUGUCCGGUCUGCGUGCUGAUGAUCUGUGUUGUGGACUAGUGGAUGAUUUCGUGUCCAGAACAGCCAGCAGAGAAGACAGUAUCUUUCUAGGACACCAAUCCAGCUGGAAAAUGGGCUUCCCUGCCGACUGGAACAUCUUUGUAUCGAGCGGCGACAGCUCUAGUUCAGGCGACGGCUGCCAUAAAAGCGAGAGAGCCUUCAAACAGGAUAUUUCAAAGGAGAACGUUUUCAAACAGGACACUUCAGAAGAGGAGCGGAGCUCUCCCUGGAGUAGUGAGGAAGACCAGAACGUAGUAGAAUUUGACAGCGAGGAAAGUAAGGCGCUUUGGGAGUCUCUGUCAAAAUCGAGUGAUCCUUACAACCCCUUCUUUUUCUCUGCGUGCAUUUCAACAAGCACGAACAUGGGGAAAAGUAAAAGUGAAGCAGGGGACAGCAGUGACACUGACCUCAUGUCAGUGAGCAAGGCCAGCGAGGAGGUGUUGGGGCCUCGAGGCCUCAACAUCUGGGUCAGUCGCUCUGACAGCGAGAGCAGUUGGAGCAGUUGGGCCAGUUCUGACGGUUCCAGCCCCGGCAUUGAUGAGGAGAGCGAGAGGCUCUUGGAGUUUUUCAGCAGUCCAGACCCCUACAAUCCCAUGUGUUUCACUGCAUGCACAGUCAGCAGCACAUCACCCCAGAACACCACCAGCGCCAUCUCUAAGCAACAGGCCUCACUUCCUGCGCCUCCCUCCAGGUCGGACACAGACACAGAGGAGAAGGAGAGCAGCUUUCUUCCUUCGUCUGAAGAUGACGAAGAAGAGCAACUGUGGAAAUCUCUCUGCCCAAAGGACGACCCGUACCACCCCCUCAACUUUCAGGCCUGCCUCCAGAGCUCCCCAACGGCAGCACUCCAGUCUGGAGAAGGUCCAGUUGUCCACCAGGCAAAAAAUCCAGCCAUGAAGGGCAAGAAAUCCAGAGCCACCAAGCCCAGUCUGCCAGAGAGACAUUUAAAGCAUCACUCCCAUCCAGAAAAAACGCUGGUGCCCUGGAAAAGACCCGGACAAACACCUGAGUCACUGCCAGAGGAGAAGAAGCAAAGCAAGAGUAGCACCACUCAGAAAAAGGUUCGAUUUUCUCCUCUCGUCCAAGUCCACGUCCUGCGGACCUGGCCGUUUGCAAGACAGGCGUCUCGUAAAGGACACUGGGAGGAAAUGGCACGAGACCGGGACCGCUUCCGGAGGCGAAUCCAAGAAACAGGGCAGGCCAUCGGCCACUGCUUCACCCAGACCCACAGAGAGAGCAUCCGGGCGUAUCUGGACGGUGCCUUGAAAUAAAUAAAAGUCCUGAACACUGAAUGUUUUAUUUCCUUUCUGGAUGAGAACCUGUGAUUGGUUGCAAUGCAACAGUGAUUUUGAUUUAGGCCAAUUAGAAAGUUGAUGUUAGGCCAACUUUAAUGUUUGGUGUCAAGUUGAACAACCUUGUACCUCAAAAGGUUUUAUACAUUGUGUGAUUGUUGCACUGACUGACACUUUCUCAUAUUAACCUCAGCAUUGAUGUGUGGAAUGUUGUUUUUGAAUGCCUUAUACACUGAUGACCUAGUAAUGUAACUUAUUUAUGCCCUAUGGAGCUUGUCCUUUAUUCAUUUAUGUUUGACCUUUUUAUUUUAACUGUUUUUAUGUGUUUUUAUAUGUGUGAACAAACCACAGUGGUGAUUCUAGAGGUUAAAAGUAGAUUCUGAUGCUAUCAUAAGAAAGCAGAGCUUUGCAGUACAAAGUGUUUUGAAAAGUUUCCUUUAAGCAUGAUGGAUAUAUAUAUAAAGUUCUGGUGCAAUUUUUGUCUUAUUGUUGAAAUAAUUUCUUUCUUGGAAUUUAAGUUGGCUCAUGUUUUCUUAUUUGAUGGCACAUAAUCGCAGCCUUUAGCACUGAGUGUGGAGAUGAAUGUCUUUAUUAUACAUUAUUAUAUUGACUGGAAAGAUUCAAACACUUUGUCCUUUUUGACUUACUCAGCUUCUCAUGGUAACAUCAUGUAGCCAAAAAAUUGUCGUUAGGUGCUUUGUCAAAUCAAUAAAAGUGGUCAA